AUGUUGACCGCAUUGACCUGGAUCUCCAUGAUGGGACUCGCCAUCUGCAGACCGUCUGUGAAUCACCUGGAAAACGAGUCUGCAGAAGUGCGCUCGGAGGCCAUCAAGAGGCUUUUGGAGGUGUUUGGGAUGGAGGAUCCUCCUGCUGCUUUGGUCCGGGGACACAAACAGCCUCCUCAGUACAUGCUGGACCUGUAUAACACCAUCGCGGAUGUGGACGGAGUCACCAAAGACCCAACGCUCCUGGAGGGAAACACCGUCCGCAGUUUCUUCGAUAAACUGCACAGCGACCAAAUUGAGUUCCUCUUCAACAUGUCCACGGUAGCUAAGAGUGAGAAGAUCCUCACAGCCGAGCUUCAUCUGUUCAAGCUCAGACCACAAGCGUCGCUCACGUUCAACAGACAUCACUUCUGUCAGGUCAGUGUCUAUCAGGUUCUCGAUAGCAGCAAGAAGAACGUCUCACAAGGGAAGAAGCUGCUCUCAUCCAGACUGGUGCCCAUCCACUCCAGCGGCUGGGAGGUUUUUACCAUCACUCAAGCUGUGCGCUCUUGGAUGUCAGAUGAGGGCAGUAAUCUGGGGCUCCUGGUCUCGGUCAAGACUUUAGCAGGCCUUCAGAUGGACCUGAAAACCGUGCUUUUCGCAUCAGGCCGUAACCACCAUCAUAGCAAACAGCCCAUGCUGGUCCUCUUCACCGACGACGGCAGACGGGCAGCUUCUCUGGGGAUCACGUCUAAAGGUUCAGAUGAUUCUCGUGCUAGACCCAGGCUCCCGUUUCUCUCGGCUGCGGCUCGUCGCAGCGCUCGCUCCAUAGACUAUGAUGAGAGCAGGGAGAAGAUGCCGUGUCAGCGUCUGCCGCUCUAUGUGGACUUCGAGGAGAUCGGCUGGUCCGGGUGGAUCGUGUCUCCACGCGGAUACAACGCUUACCACUGCAAAGGCUCCUGUCCAUUUCCCCUGGGUCAGAACAUGAGGCCCACCAACCACGCCACGGUCCAGUCCAUCAUCAACGCCCUCAAACUGACCAAAGGCAUCGAGACGCCCUGCUGCGUGCCUGACAAGCUCUUCAGCAUCAACCUGCUGUACUUUGACGACGAUGAGAACGUGGUGCUGAAGCAGUAUGAUGAUAUGGUGGCCGGCAGCUGCGGCUGUUCAGAUGAUUCUCGUGCUAGACCCAGGCUCCCGUUUCUCUCGGCUGCGGCUCGUCGCAGCGCUCGCUCCAUAGACUAUGAUGAGAGCAGGGAGAAGAUGCCGUGUCAGCGUCUGCCGCUCUAUGUGGACUUCGAGGAGAUCGGCUGGUCCGGGUGGAUCGUGUCUCCGCGCGGAUACAACGCUUACCACUGCAAAGGCUCCUGUCCGUUUCCCCUGGGUCAGAACAUGAGGCCCACCAACCACGCCACGGUCCAGUCCAUCAUCAACGCCCUCAAACUGACCAAAGGCAUCGAGACGCCCUGCUGCGUGCCUGACAAGCUCUUCAGCAUCAACCUGCUGUACUUUGACGACGAUGAGAACGUGGUGCUGAAGCAGUAUGAUGAUAUGGUGGCCGGCAGCUGCGGCUGUCACUGA